ACCAUAACACCUACAUACAACAUACCUCACCUACGCACAAUCCAAGCAAAAUGCCCACCCCACACCCAAUCCCCCGCUUCCUCCUUCCGGGGGGGUUACGCGGAAUACUACCCAGAAGAAGCCCUCUCAGCAUACGCAACAACCCCCGCGCCACCUUCACCACCUCCAAGAGCACCAGCAACACGAACGACCCCAAACGCACCCUCUCCCAGCCCGACAAAUUCCGCCCGCCCUCGCACCCCGCCCGCCGCGUCGUCCAAACGCGCAACGGCAAGGUCCAGACGCGCGAACCAGUCAACUACCCAGGCCCGAAGCUAUCCGACAAAGAGCGCGAGGCGCAGAAAAACAAACAGUAUCCGCAUAUGUUUCCGCCGGAGGGAACGGUCAUGUUCAAGUUUCUGACGAGUCGGUGGAUUCAUAUUUGGAUUGCGAUGGGCGUCCUAACAACCCUCGCAACAUUCACCUUCACCACCAACUUCCGCCAAUCCUCCCCCUUCGCGCACCUGCUCCCCGCAUGGUCCGACCUGCUGACCUCACCAUUCUCGACCGUGUCGCGCGCGAUGAGUGUAUUCCGGAUGCACGUGCAGCAUACGUCUGUGCAGACGCGCGAGAAGCGCAUGCAGCGGGUUGAGGAUGCUGAGAAGAGGAGGCAGUAUCGGGUUGCGCAUGGGUUGGAGGAGCCGGCUACGCCGCAUACGAGCGAGGGCAAGGAUGGUGAGGGUCAGGAUGUGGAUGAGCAGUCGCCUGUUGCGCAGGAGGGAGGUGUUGGUUCUGGGCAGGGGCAAGUGAAGGAUGGGGAGUAUGUGGAUUGGGAGGGGAAGAGGAGGCCUGUUAAGAAGUGGUUAGGGAUUUGGUGAUCUCCUUCUUUCACUUUUACUUUUAUUCUAUAGACUUGACGGGUGUCUUGGAAGCAAAGGAGGAUUUGGGGGAUGAGGAUGUAAGAUAGCGAAUGGUUCAACGAGGAUGAGGACUGUAAGAUAGAGGAAUGGUGAAACGAGGAUGUCAGAUGAAGAUUAUGGAUGAGAUGAAGUGUAUAUUAGAUGUCAUGUCUGUUGUUUCGUAUGAUCUAUGUAUUAUGUACAGC